AUGACCCUGGACGGCGGCGGCGGCGUGGCGGGCGCGGGCCGGGAGCGCGAGCGCCGUCGGGGCAGCUCGCCCUGGGGCGCGGCGCCCGCGCUGCACCGCCGCAGCAUGCCCGUGGACGCGCGCGACCUGCAGGCGGCGCUGGCGCCCGGCGCCCCGGCCGUGGCGGGAUCCGGGGACCGGCCCGCGGGCCCCCGGCUGGACUGGCCCGAGGGGUCCUCGGAAUCGCUCAGCUCCGGGGGCAGCGACUCCGACGACAGCGUUUUCAAGGUGCUGCUGCUGGGGGCGCCCGGCGUGGGCAAGAGCGCCCUGGCGCGCAUCUUCGGCGGCGUGGAGGACGGGCCCGAGGCGGAGGCUGCAGGGCACACGUACGAUCGCUCCAUCGUGGUGGACGGAGAGGAGACCUCGCUCAUGGUCUAUGACAUUUGGGAGCAGGACGGGGGCCACUGGCUGCCCGGCCACUGCAUGGCCAUGGGAGAUGCCUACGUCAUCGUGUACUCAGUGACCGACAAGGGCAGCUUCGAGAAGGCCUCAGAGCUUCGGAUCCAGUUGCGGCGGGCGAGGCAGAUGGAUGACGUGCCCAUCAUCCUGGUGGGCAACAAGAGUGACCUGGUGCGCUCUCGUGAGGUCUCCGUGGAUGAGGGCCGGGCCUGCGCUGUGGUCUUUGACUGCAAGUUUAUCGAGACUUCGGCUGCUCUGCACCACAACGUCCAGGCGCUGUUCGAGGGUGUCGUGCGCCAGAUACGCCUGCGCAGGGACACCAAGGAAGCCAAUGCACGCAGACAGGCGGGUACCCGGCGAAGGGAGAGCCUGGGCAAGAAGGCAAAGCGCUUCCUGGGCCGCAUUGUAGCGCGCAACAGCCGCAAGAUGGCUUUCCGUGCCAAGUCCAAGUCCUGCCACGACCUGUCGGUGCUCUAGGGCCCCGGCACAUACGUUGUUGUACAGACAGAUGGGCAGAUUGGUGGGCUGGCCCAGCCAACCGCCCCGGCGCCUCGGGCUGCCUCAGACUCUGGGUGUCCCCCACUCCAUCGGGGCAGACGGGCAGUGCUGCCCAGGGAGGUGGCUGCCAGUGGCCACUGAGGCUGGGCCCACAGAUGCGUGUGCAGGCCCACGUGAGACCCAAGCCACAGCCCGAUCCCAGCCCGAGUGGGAGGCCUGCGUGUGGGGAGAGGGCUCGGUCUCUUUACACGUGGGUGUGCGUGCCCCGCGGGGAGGCCGCUCAGUGCUGCGGCUAUUUGUUUACAUGCAGAUUUUUGUAAUAAAGACUAUUU